UUUUGUGUGUGUAUUGUGGUGUUUUGUUUUUUCUUUUCUCUUUCUUUGGGGUAAGUCACAUUCUUGAUUAAAAUAGAAAUGCUUUUCUCUUCGUAAGGGAUCAUCUUUUCAUGCCGAUUGCAUCAGUGCAGAUUUCCUUUUUUACUCUUCUCUUCUCAAAUUUUCCCAUUUUUUUUGUUUUCUUAAUCUCUCUCACUCCUCUGAAAUUCUAAAUUUAUCAACUUUGUCUUUCUUUCCCAAAGCUUUAAUCUUUUUCACCCUUCUUUUCUUUUUUCCCUCUGGAUCGUAUCAGUGAGGUUGAGAAGAGGGUAGAUUGUGAUAAAAAUUUGGAGCAAACCCCAGAUGAUUACGUCUUUUACCUGAGAAAAACCCAAAACUCACAAGUAAAAAAAACAACUCUCAGUGAUUUUUCUUGACGAACAGAGACACCUAAUGGGCUCAGAGCAGCAUAGAUUUCCUCAGCAGGAACAGAGGAAAAGGUGGGGAGGCUGUUUAGGAGUGUUCUCUUGCUUCAAGUCACAAAAAGGCGGUAAACGAAUUGUGCCUGCAUCUCGCAUUCCAGAAGGCGGUAAUGUCUCAGCCUCACAACCUAAUGGGGCUCAUCAAGCUGGUGUCUUGAAUAAUCAAGCUACGGGAGGAAUUAAUCUAUCACUUCUGGCUCCACCAUCCUCUCCUGCUUCCUUCACCAAUUCUGCUCUUCCUUCAACCGCUCAGUCACCAAACUGUUACUUAUCGCUGGCUGCUAACUCACCUGGAGGUCCUUCAUCAAGUAUGUAUGCCACUGGACCAUAUGCUCAUGAAACCCAGUUGGUCUCCCCCCCUGUUUUCUCUACAUUCACCACCGAGCCAUCAACCGCUCCUUUCACACCUCCUCCAGAGCUUGCACGUCUGACUGCUCCUUCUUCACCUGAUGUGCCUUACGCCCGUUUCUUGACGUCCUCCAUGGAUCUCAAGAACUCUGGUAAAGGCCAUUACAAUGUUUCAAGUGAUCUCCAAGCUACAUAUUCUCUUUAUCCCGGAAGUCCAGCCAGCGCUCUUAGAUCACCAAUCUCUCGGGCUUCGGGAGAUGGGUUAUUGUCGCCUCAAAAUGGUAAGUGCUCAAGGAGUGAUUCUGGCAACACCUUUGGGUAUGACACAAAUGGUGUCUCAACGCCUUUGCAGGAGUCAAACUUUUUCUGUCCUGCAACUUUUGCCAAGUUUUACCUGGAUCACGACCCUUCGGUUCCUCAAAACGGUGGAAGAUUAAGCGUGUCGAAGGAUUCAGAUGUGUAUCCUACAAAUGGAUAUGGAAACGGGAACCAGAAUAGGCAGAACAGAAGUCCCAAGCAAGACAUGGAGGAGUUGGAAGCUUACAGAGCUUCUUUUGGGUUUAGUGCAGAUGAAAUCAUCACAACUAGUCAGUAUGUAGAGAUCACUGAUGUGAUGGAUGAUUCUUUUAGCAAAUCGACAUACUCUCCAAGCGAUGGACAAAAGCUGCUGAGAAGAGAAGUAAAUUUGCUGAGUCAAACAAGCCCCAAAUCAGAAGCUGAUCUUGAUUCACAAGCUGUAGACUUCCAUUCACCGAAGGCAUCCAAUGGCUACAAAGAGCACAAACAAAGAAACAAGCGCAUCCACGCGGAUGAAGAGGCUCUAUUAUCUCGAGUGGGUUCAGUAAAAGGAAACAGAAGCUAUCCCAUAUCGAGCUCAGAUGCAGAGAUAGAAUACCGAAGAGGAAGAAGCUUAAGAGAAGGGAGAGAGAACAGACACAGGAUAGGCUGAUCAAAGACAAGAAGAACAAAGCCAGCUCUGUUGUUAAAAAGGUCCUUCUAAGUUCUGAAAUGUGAUCUUGUGAUGUUAACUCUUGAGAUAAGAAAUCUAGUUUUUUUGUUUUUCUAAGUAUAUAUAGAUAUAUAUAUAAAAUAUUACAGAUGGUUUUUAAGUAGAAUGAAAAUGAAUGAAUGAUGUUAUAUAUAAGAGAGAGCAGCAAGGGUGAGAAAGUGAAUGCUUUUUUUUAGUUUGACAUGGCUUUUUUGUAAAGACCCAAUCUUUUAUCUAAUUGCACCAAUCUGUUUGUGCUUCUUUGUUA